AUGAAGGCAACAUUCGCAGUCGCCGCCGCGGCGGCCCUCGUCGGAGGCGUCAGCGCCAGCAACGUUCACCGUCGCCACGUUCACGAUUCGUUCCACGGUCUGGAGAAGAAGGCUCUCAGCAACGACACCUGUGGCUGCACCACCAUCUACUCCACCUACUACGGUGAAGCUACUCUCCACCCCAACCCUCCUCCCUCAACCAGCACCAAGGUCGUCCCCACCACGACUGCUGCUCCUUCGACUUCGACCCAGGUCGUCGUCGUCGUGCCCACUCCCGUGGCUCAAACUUGCCCGACCCCUGGUGUCUACACUUUCCCGGCCACCACCGUCACCCUGACGGCCACCACUACCGUGUGCGCCGCUUCCACCACCGCAGUUACCAGCGGAACCCACACUCUGGGAGGUGUCACGACCGUUGUCUCGACCGCCACCACCGUCACCUGCCCCUACGCCACCGUUUCCACCAGCGAGGGCGUCGUGACCAGCGUCAUCAAGACCACCACCUACGUCUGCCCCUCGGCCGGUACUUACACCAUUGCGCCGACCACGACCGCUGUCACCAAGGACACCACUGUCGUCGUCCCGGUCGUCAGCACCUACUGCCCCGGCACCUACACGCAGCCCGAGAUUACCACCACCAUCACCGGUACUAGCACUGUCGUCUACUGCCCCUUCGAUAUCCCCACCACCUCGGCUGUCCCCGUCUACUCGACCUCGCCUGCCACCUCUCCCGUUGCUACUUACCCUGCCACUUCCGCUCCUGCCAGCUCUGCCAAGCCCUCUCCCAGCGGUCUUCCCUCGGGUAAGGGUGGCGCUCCCUGGGCCAUUACCUACACCCCCUACGACAGCAAUGGCAACUGCAAGAGCGCCAGCGCUGUUACUGAGGAUAUCAAGGCCAUCUCCGAGAAGGGCAUCAGCACCGUCCGUGUCUACUCCACUGACUGCGACACUCUGCCCAACGUUGGUAGCGCCUGCGCCGCCCACGGCGUCCGCAUGAUCAUCGGUAUCUUCAUCGAUGCCCCUGGCUGCACUGCCAACAACCCCACCGUCUCCCAGCAGAUCAGCUCCAUCAAGUCGUGGGCCCAGUGGGACAUUGUCGACAUGAUUGUUGUUGCCAACGAGGCCCUCUUCAACGGCCACUGCCAGCCCAGCGAGCUUGCUGGCCUCAUCAGCCAGUGCAAGUCUUCCUUCUCCGGCUACACCGGUCCUUACACCACCACCGACACCACCGGUGAGUGGCAGAAGGAUGAGGUCAAGGGCGCCCUCUGCGGUGUCGUCGACCUUGUCGGUAUCCAGGCUCACGCUUACUUCAACACCGAGACCACCGCCGCCCAGGCUGGUGACUUCGUCCUGACCCAGCUUCAGAUUGCCAACACUGUCUGCCCCGGUAAGGAGGGCCGCGUUUUGGAGACUGGCUGGCCCUCCGCCGGUGUCUGCAACGGCGCUGCCUGCGCAGGUGAGGCCGAGCAGGCUGCCGCCAUCUCUUCUCUCCUCGAGAAGGUCGCAGAUGUGUCCGUCUUCUUCAGUCUGACUGAUGACAAGUGGAAGAGCGCCGACACCGACUGCAAGUGCGAGCAGCACUGGGGAUGCAGCAGCGCUCUCGGCCUCAGCGGCCUCAGCCUGUAA